AUGCAGAUUACUGGAUACGCUUUCGUCGUUGGGGGUGGAAGCGGCAUCGGAAGGGCGUGCGCUCUUGGCCUUGCAAAAGAUGGCGCCGCGGGAGUUCUUGUCGCUGACAUGAACAUCGAGGCAGCAAGACAAGUGGCUACUGAGUGUAAGGACGUAGCAACCGCUGCAGACUUUCGCAUCGAGUCACUCCACAUAAAUGUGACCGAAAAGAAGUUCGUGGAGCAUGCAACUGAGUUUGCGGUGCAAACUUUUGGUAGGAUCGACUAUUGCGUCAACUGUGUGGGGCCGCUCAGCCGCUCAGCCGCUAUGAAGGCCCAGGAACCAAAGCCAAUGGGAUCAUCCGAUCGCGGGACUAACCGCGGAUCUAACCGCGGAUCUAUUGUCAUCUUAGUUUCGGGAUCAUCCUUUGUGGCGACUCCUGCGAUGGUGCAGUAUACAACAGCGAAGCAUGCGUUGAUUGGUCUGACCAAAACUGCUGCUCUAGAUAAUGCAGCUCAUGGAAUUAGGGUCAAUUGUAUCUGCCCUUCAUGGACGGAUACCCCCAUGAUCCAGAGGGCUAGGGAUGGCGGAGUGGAUAUAGAUGCAUUCGUCAAGGCCGCCGUGCCGCUGGGCCGUAUGGCGACCCCUGAGGAGGUAGCUGAUGCAGUCAUCUUCCUUUGCAGCCCCAGGUCGAGCUAUGUGACAGGCUGCGGACUCAUCAUUGAUGGGGGAACUACUAUUACCUGCCAUGUGUAG